CUUUAAGAUGCGUGUGAUCUUGUUUUAUUGCGCUCAUACGUUUCUCUUGAUGUCAGCUAGUUGGGUAUUCUCAAUAUUAUCUCACUAUAAGGAUGUUGUGAUAUGUAAGUUUGGAGUUGGGCAAUUCUAUUGCAUUACUAGUUGUUGAUAAAAUAGGUAUUUCUGUCGGCCGAACUGACGGAGGCAAGAAGGCGGAUGCACGGGUCUAUUGAAAACAGCUUACGCCACGGAGGAGACAAGAACAGAGAGGAGGGUGCAUAGGCUACACAAAAUACUUUCCCUUUAAACAGGGGACACGGCGGCGGGGGAUAGAUAGAGAGGGGAGAGGGAAGAUAUUUAAAAAAAUAAAUAAAAGGAAGAAAGACAGCGAGGGUGGGAGGGAGAGAGAAAUAGAAAAAAAGAAAGAUGUCAUCCUCUCGUUUGAAAAGCCGAGGCGAAGGUUGGAUUGCGGCCGAUCAGGGACUCUCUAGCUAGGGACACGAUUUUACGCAACACCGAGGCUUUGGAAUCCACCACCGCUUUGGCCUCUCGGAGCUAUCGAAAUAAAUAAAUGACUCUUCCUCCACGCAUUCACAAACAACUGCGGACUUAUUAUUACUUUUGAUAUAUUUUUCCUUAUUUUCAAUAACCUAAUUUAUGCAUCGAUUUGAGAAUAUAAUUUUUCCUUGGGCUAUAAUAUAAAUAUACAAUGUAAAUUGCAUUGUAAAUGCAUCAUUAAAAGCAUGCAUCAACCAUUUUGUCGCAUUUUAGUCAUGUUGCAUCCUUUCGUCCCCACACCAUAUAACAACAUUUUAGUUCAACAUCAUUACUGUCAUAUAAUAUUGGCAUAUAACUGACAGCCUUUCAAAAUUGAUCAUUCAUCUUCAAUAAUAAUUGAUUUUAUUGAAUGCACCGCGAUUUAAACUUCCACACAGAAAUAUUCACCUUGUUGAUAUUUAAAACUGCAGAGAGGAACUAGGUAGGCUAUUACAGCAGGUGGAGUGAUUCAUCAGUUGGCCCCAGCCUAUGGUUGGUUGGCCCCGAGUCUCAGCGGGAUAUAUAUUUCUAGUUUUGACACCUGGAAUAAAAGUAUCUGACAUCAUCUUGCUUCAAAAUGGAUUCUUCUUGGAGUAAUUUUCUCUUUCAGACUCCUCUCUCACAGACCCAGUCUGAGACAGCCCUCCAAUCAGAGCUGCUUCCGGACAUGACUGGCUCUGCCCAGAGCCCCCCUACAGAGCAUAUAGCCCCUCCCCCAUCCACAGUGGACACAGCCGCCCUGAAUGAAGAGCCAUUACCUGGAAAAGCCUCAAUCAACCCUUGUUACAGUUUGGAAAUCAACUUUGGAGAGAAGGCCGUCUCCAAGCCUGGCCGGCCGACACACAUCUGCAACACAUGUAACAAGCAGUUUAAAAACAACUACAACCUCCGGCGCCAUCAGUCGGUGCACACUGGCAUCAAAAUGAAGGACAGAGCAGCCAGAGAGAGGGAGGAUGAGAGCAAGGGAGGAGGAGGACGGCAAACAAUCCCUCUCUCCCUCCUCCACCUUUCUCUGCCCUCUCAUCCUCCUCCCGCAGAAUCCCUCCCCCAACCCUCCCCACUUGGAAACCAGGAGGGCCAACCUGUUGCGGUGUCCAUUGCCCCAGCUACCGUCACCAUGGCUGCGCCCCAGGUGCUCCAAGCUGCAGUUGUGGUUGCCGGGACAAUGGUACAGAACCAGAACCUGGGGCCUCAACCCAACCCUAGCCCCAACCAGGUGAGGAAGAACCAUGCGUGUGAGGCCUGUGGGAAGGCCUUCCGAGACGUGUACCACCUGAACCGCCACCGGCUUUCCCACUCGGACGAAAAGCCCUACCACUGCCCCAUCUGCCAGCAGCGCUUCAAGAGGAAAGACCGCAUGAGCUACCAUGUACGCUCACACCAAGGAGGAGUGGAGAAACCUUAUGUCUGCCCCCACUGCGCCAAGGGAUUCUCACGACCCGACCACCUCAACAGUCACGUCAGACAGGUGCACUCCACUGAGAGACCCUUCAAGUGCCCGACCUGCACGUCUGCCUUCGCCACGAGGGACCGUCUCCGUGCCCACCUGAUUCGCCAUGAGGAGAAGGUGCCGUGCCACAUCUGUGGCAAGCUCCUCUCUGCCGCCUACAUCACCGAUCACAUGAGGGUCCACAACCAAUCACAGCACCAUGCCUGCCACCUCUGCAACCGCAGCUUCACCACCCUCACCUACCUGCGUGUCCACGCUCAGAAACACCACGGCCAGGAGUGGAAGGAGAGCGGUGGGACACGGGGCAUGUUCGGCGGGGCCGGUGCCGGCGGGGUGCUGCUGUGCCAACUGUGUGGGGUGCAGUGCAAGACACCCACCCAGCUACAGGGCCACAUGGGCACCCACGCCGUCACCCAGGUCCAGGGCGAGCCCAGCAGUAGCCUCGCGGGGACCGGUACCAUGGCUGUGGCCGUGUCUCUGUCAGGCAGCUCAACUGUGGGCCUGCUGGUCACUGACUGCUCCAGCAUCGCCCCCCAUUCUCUCAGCUAGCAGCCAGGCCCAUUGGAGGGAAGGGGGAGAGGGGAUGGAGGUAGAGGGGUUUUGUGGAGACUGCAGUCAGGAGAGAGGAGUGGAUGUGGCUCUGGAGUGAAGUUUCCCCUAAGUACAGAUGUAGGAUCAGCUUCCCCUCCCCCAAUCCUAACCUUAACCAUUAGUGGGAAAACUGAACCAGGAUCAGCAUAUACCCUCCAGUGGAUAUCUAUGUAUGUUAUGAAGGCCAAAGUAUGCUGCAAACCAGGUCCCCUUUGUAUUUGAUCCUAUUUAAAAUGUUGCUGUUGUUUAUGCAACAGUCACUUUCUCAACUGCCAUUGGUGGACACGAGAGAGGGGAGGAAAGGAGAGACCAUGGAAUCCCUGUUUUUUUUCUUUCAAUUAAAUUCUACUGAACGAAAUAUAAAGUUUUCUGGUGCAAAAUGCCACUUUUCCAUUCACACAGAACACAAACUCCCAUAACAAUGUUUGGGAUUUUACAAAUACAUCGCCAUUUAUUUUCCUUGGAAAUAUUGAUUAUACAAUAUAUGAUCACCCAGACGCAGUAUGAGCUGUGGUCCUACAUUGGCUUUUAGCUUUUUCAAAUGAACUGUCUCCAAGAAAGGACUGUUGCCUUUUCAUCAGAAAUAUGUCAUCACCAUGUAACUUUACCCUAUGACUGAUAGACAGGUGGCAUCAAAUGGGUAUUUAUUUGUAUAUUUGGCCACUGAAUGCUCAUCUUUCUUUGCUUUUAUGAUCUUGUUAUUACUCUGGAUGCUCUGAUUUUUUUAUUCUCUCAAAAAUGCAUUGGUCUGGAAAGUAUUUGUACUUUUGUGACACGUUUUUGUGAGACUGUAUUCUUGAGACUGUAUUCUUGACUGUUCAUCUGUUGGUGUAGAAUCUCCUCUGUUAACGUCACUGUAUUAAAGCCGUAGUAUGUAUAACCUAUAUGCACUUUAUCUGUGAACAUGUAUAGCAUCUGAUAUCAGAGAUGCAGUAGAAUAGAAAA